CCACGUUUAAUGUCGGUUGGCCUCGGGAUGGGACUUUUGAUUCUGAUGUUAUUUUGCAGGUUAAAGCUAAGAUCUUCUCUCCCUCCCUAUCACCCCCCUCCGCAGGCUGCUGCGGCGGUUCCAGAUGACGUCCAAGCAGAGGGACCGGAGGUUGCUCCCUCUCCCAUUGCGGGUCGACUCAGAGAGAGGAGAGGACAGGGAGAUUCCUCACACAUCCUGCCCCUCCGACUCGCAGGAGGGGAAGGAAACCAGUUUCAGUAUUGGCCCUUCUCCGCUUCAGACCUGUAUAACUGGAAAACUCAUAACCCGUCCUUCUCCCAAGACCCUGUGGCCCUAACUAACCUCCUAGAGUCUAUUCUUCUAACCCACCAGCCCACCUGGGAUGAUUGCCAGCAGCUUCUCCAAGUUCUCCUCACGACAGAAGAAAAACAGAGGGUUAUUCUGGAAGCCCAAAAGCAGGUUCCUGGGGCGGAUGGGAGAUGUACCCAGCUGCCCAAUGAGGUUGAGGCUGCCUUCCCUCUUACUAGACCUGCUUGGGACUUCAACACGGCUGAAGGUAGGGGACACCUACGUCUUUACCGCCAGGUGCUUGUAGCGGGCCUCCAAGGGGCAGGAAGGCACCCCACCAAUUUGGCCAAGGUAAGAUCAGUAAUGCAGGGAACCGACGAGCUGCCCACUGUGUUUCUAGAAAGACUUAGAGAGGCAUAUCGGAGGUACACUCCCUUCGACCCAGAUAGCCCUGAUCAGGAAGUAAGUGUUUCUAUGUCUUUCAUAUGGCAAUCAGCUCCUGAUAUUAGGAGUAAGCUCCAGAGAAUGGAAAAUCUACAGGGGCAAAGUCUUAGAGACCUCUUAAGAGAGGCAGAGAGGAUUUUUAACAAAAGAGAAACUCCAGAGGAAAAAGAGGAGAGACAGAAAAGAGAGGCAGAAGAUAGAGAGACAAUGAGAGACCGAAAGCGGAAUAAGGAAUUAAGUAGAAUCCUGGCCACAGUAGUGAGAAAGGAAGACAAGGACAGAGUAGAGAGGAAGGGAGACCAAGGGCGUGUCCGACUAGAAAGAGACCAGUGUGCCUACUGCAAGGAGAAAGGACACUGGGCGAAGGACUGCACCAAGAGAAAAGAAAAACAGAGAGAAGAAAGAGCCAAGAUCCUCCAGCUCGAUUAGGGAAGUCGGGGCCAGGAACCCCCACCUGAGCCCAGGGUAACUCUUCAUGUGGGGGGACAGCCAGUCACCUUCAUGGUAGACACUGGGGCGCAACAUUCCGUCCUCACCCAAACGACUGGCCCGCUUAGCAAAAAGACAAUAUGGGUAGAAAGGGCUACUGGAGCAAAGCGUUAUCGCUGGACUACAGGCCGGAAAGUGCAGCUCGCCUCAGGGACUGUGACUCAUACCUUCUUACAUGUACCAGACUGUCCCUACCCCUUGUUAGGAAGAGAUCUACUAACCAAGCUUGGAGCACACAUUUAUUUUGAAGGGAAAGGGGCUAGAAUUACAGACUCCACUGGAGCGCCCAUACAGGUGCUCACCCUCAAACUAGAAGAUGAAUAUACACUAUAUAAUGCCCCCUCCUCUAUCCAGAAAGACAUGGGCAGGUGGCUCUCUAAAUUUCCUGAAGCCUGGGCAGAAACUGGAGGAAUGGGGCUGGCUAUCCAUCAGCCACCCCUAAUCACUGAACUGAAGGCCACCGCGACCCCAGUGGCUGUCAAACAAUAUCCCAUGGCAACCGAGGCUCACCAAGGAAUUAGCCACACAUCAAAAGACUAUUAG